AUGGCCAAGGACGACAAAACACUCGCAGAGGUGGAUGGCGUCGAGCGCCUGCGCAAGGAAGCACGACCAGACUUCUCUGUGCCGCCGCCGCGCAAGCAGCUGCCCAAGGACAUCAUGGACAAGCUGGAAGAUGAGGGCGUGUGGGAUUCCAUCUCAGACGGAAGAGCAGAAGACACGACCGACACGUCGAUCCGUUAUGCCGCCUACGCAACCCGCAUCCGCACCAUCAUGCUCUCGGCCCACCGCUAUGUAGCCUACACGUCCGACAUCGGCGAGUCCUUCCGACCCAUUGCCCACCCCUACCUGGUCAAGGGCGCAUACGCUGUCUCCUGGCUCUACCUGACUGGCGAUGUCGCCCACGAGGGCUACAAGGCCUACGUCCGCAACCAAAAGGCCCUGCACCCUGAGAACUACGCCGACGGCCCCGCCCAGAUCAACGAGCAGGCCAAGGAGAACAGGGACAUGGCAGCAACGGGACAUGCCACAGGCGUCGUCGGCCAGGUGCAGCAGCUGGCGCAGAAGGCCACGAGCACUGAGGGCGUGAAGCUUGGUGGCCAGGGCAGCGUGUUGACGGGUGGGGAGGUGGUUGCUGGAAGAAUACCUGCAAUUGAGGACUACAGAGCGGUCAUGGCGCAGAGGGCCAUCUUCCAGGCCGUUGCCUCGAUGGGCCUGCCUGCGUUCACGAUUCACAGUAUCGUCAGGUACUCUGGCCGUGCGCUGAAAGACGCCAAGAACAAGACCCUGAGGACGUGGGGUCCAAUCGGCCUCGGUCUCGCAGCCGUCCCCUUCCUGCCCUACAUGUUCGAUGAGCCGGUCGAGCGUGCGACCGAGUGGCUGUUCUACAACGGCUUCAAGCUGGUCGGUGGAGAGAAGGCGGUCGAGGGGCGCCCGGUGACUGGCGCAAAGGAGCUGAGGAAAGAGGAAAGCCAGUCUACUCACCUGAAGGAGCUGUAG